AGCUAUUCCUCACCUUCCAGCGAAAUCCCACCACCACUCCCCCGAGAAUCAUCCAUGGCGCCCAAGGCCGAGAAGAAACCGGCGGAGAAGAAGCCCGUGGAGGAGGAGCCGGCGACCGAGAAGGCCAAGAAGACCCCCGCCGGCAAGAAGCCCAAGGCCGAGAAGCGGCUGCCGGCGGGCAAGACCGCCUCCAAGGAGGGCGGCGAGAAGAAGGGCAAGAAGAAGGCCAAGAAGAGCGUCGAGACGUACAAGAUCUACAUCUUCAAGGUGCUCAAGCAGGUGCACCCCGACAUCGGCAUCUCCUCCAAGGCCAUGUCCAUCAUGAACUCCUUCAUCAACGAUAUAUUCGAGAAGCUCGCCGGCGAGUCCGCCAAGCUCGCGAGGUACAACAAGAAGCCCACCAUCACCUCCCGGGAGAUCCAGACCUCUGUCCGCCUCGUCCUACCCGGGGAGCUCGCGAAGCACGCCGUCUCUGAGGGCACCAAGGCCGUCACCAAGUUCACCUCCUCCUAGACUCUUCUGCUUCGGUUACUCUGUAGUUAGCUCUGUGGGUCUGUUUGUAGUUUGAUCUUGCAAGAAUUGUACU